GGCGGGGGCGCAGUCGCCGGGCCUCGGGCGACGGGACGCACCCGGCCGGGGGCUGGGGUGGGACCCGUCGGGAGCCAUGGAGCUGCUCUCGGCGCUGAGCCUGGGCGAGCUUGCCCUCAGCUUCUCUCGGGUUCCCCUCUUUCCUGUCUUCGACCUUAGCUACUUCAUCGUCUCCAUUAUCUACCUCAAGUAUGAGCCAGGAGCCGUCGAGCUAUCCCGGCGCCACCCCAUGGCAUCCUGGCUGUGCGCCAUGCUGCACUGCUUCGGGAGUUACAUCCUGGCUGAUCUGCUUCUCGGGGAGCCCCUGAUCGACUACUUCAGCAACAACUCCAGCAUCCUGCUGGCUUCAGCUGUCUGGUACUUGAUUUUCUUCUGCCCCCUGGACCUCUUUUACAAGUGCGUCUGCUUCCUGCCGGUGAAACUCAUCUUCGUGGCCAUGAAGGAGGUAGUGAGAGUCCGCAAGAUCGCCGUGGGCAUUCAUCAUGCGCACCACCACUACCACCACGGGUGGUUCGUCAUGAUCGCCACUGGCUGGGUCAAAGGCUCUGGCGUUGCCCUCAUGUCCAACUUUGAGCAGCUGCUCCGAGGGGUCUGGAAGCCAGAGACCAACGAGAUUCUGCACAUGUCCUUCCCCACCAAGGCCAGCCUGUACGGAGCCAUCCUCUUCACCCUCCAGCAGACCCGCUGGCUCCCAGUGUCCAAAGCCACCCUCAUCUUCAUCUUCACCAUGUUCAUGGUGUCCUGUAAGGUGUUCCUGACGGCCACUCACUCCCACAGCUCCCCUUUUGAUGUUCUGGAAAGCUACAUCUGCCCUGUGCUGUUUGGGUCGGACUGGGGUGGCAACCAUCACCUUGACAACCAUGGUGGAUCCCAGGGCGGCAGUGGGCCUGGCUCUCCGCACUCCCUACCCACCAAGUCCAAGGAGGAGCUGAGUGAGGGCUCCAGGAAGAAGAAGACCAAGAAGGCAGAUUAGGGGGCAGCCCAGGGGGCUUUCAGGGCACCAAGGAGAGGACCUGGACCCAGGACCUGGGCUCAGCUCUCCCCUCUCCAGGCCUCAACUUUCCCCGUCUACAAAGUGGGGCCAUCAGUCCACCCUCCAGGGCUGAUGUGAGGGGGUUAAGUGAGAUUUGGGGGUGAAGGGCAUUUGUAGGAAUUCAGGGUCCCUCUCCCUUUUUUCCAGGUACCCAUAGCGUUACAGCUUUUGGGGGGGAGUCCACCGAAUCCCAGCAGCAGCUCCAUCCAGAAACCCUGGCAGUUACAUUCUUGGUUCUAUUAUUUCCUCUCUAAAAUUACACCUUGACUCCAAAAGAAUUUUAAGCCAUGUUGGGGCUCAUUCAUUUGAUGGACAUUUACUAAGAAUCUGCUGCGAGGUAACUGCUGUGAUUUUCACGUCUAUUCUUGCCAACUUCUCCUGGGCAUCCCUGGGCAAGUUGCCUCCUGCUCUGAGCCUUGUGUUCCCCAUCUGUAGAGCGGCCCCCUCCCCCCUCUGUAUGCAAGGGCUGAUGUGAGGCUGGAUGUGAACCAGCUUUAUAAGCUCAGAAGCACAGAGCAGUCAGGAGGGGAGGACUUGAUGCAUGUUCAUCAUGCUUAAAAAUGGCUUUGCAUUUUAGAUCUUCUGUAUUUGUGGAUCGGAGAAUCCCAAAAGUUACCCUGGCACAAAGGAGGCCUUCAGUAGACAUGUCUAGGCCAGACUUGAAAGCGUGGAGGGUGGGAAAGGCUUAUUCUGAUCCUUGUCUUCAGGUUGCCCCUAAACCAAAGAAAUGCAGUGGGCUGGACAGGGGUUCUUAGAUCUGGCUCUGUCUAGUGGCUCUGAGCACUCACUGCUGGACCCUGGAAGCGCCAGACCUCCUUCAUGCUGGCAUCCUUCAUCGCUGCUCACUCAGUCAUUCAACAAACAUGCCUACUCUGUGCCAAACCCUCUGCUGUUGGGUGGGCUGGGAACUUGAUUCAGGGAGAGCAAGGGGGAAUGAGAGCUGAGAGCCCCUCCUGGCCACCUUCAUCUCAGCCUAUGUCACCAAGACAUCUGAGAGGGGUGGGUGGGUAAGUUGGGCACGGCCCAGUUUCAGGUGGGGUUUGGGCCCAGACAGGGCCUGCUUGGGGUUGCUCUCUGCAUAUGGGUGCUCAGGACACGCUCAGGGCAUCAGCCUGCAUAUGGGUCGAGAUCGGCGUGGGGUUGGCAGGGUCCCAGGGGUUGCCCAGCUAGUGGGAAGUGCCUUGAUCUGGUGAUGCCCGGGAACUGGGUGGAUCCUGAGGUUAUAGGGCCCCCAAAUUCCUCAUCUUGCAUGUCCGUCAAGGCUCAGCGCGAAGAGUCAGCAAAUAAAUUCUUUGUGAA